AUGUUGACAAUUAAUAGAAUCAUAUUAGCACCUGGUAUUUUAUCAAUAAUAAUCACUUCACACCUGUUUUACACAAGUUUAAUAUGUAGCAAUAAGUUGUCUAGUAUUUAUCAAGCCAAGUCUAAUGAGGUAGACUUAAAGUACAAUAAUAUUCAAAGAAGGAAAUUUGUAUUUGAAUUUGAAAAUCACCUGAAAUUAUCAUCAAAUACAUUUGAUAAUAAUGUCCAUAGACUUAAAUCAGAUAAUGAUUUUAUUCCAAACUAUCAAAAAGAAAAUGCUACUUUAUUAAUGUUGGUAAGAAAUCAGGAAUUGGAGGGAGCAUUGGAUUCUAUGAGGUCAUUAGAAGAUAGAUUUAAUAGAAAAUACCACUAUGAUUGGGUGUUUUUAAAUGAUGUUCCUUUCACAGAAGAGUUUAUAGAAGCUACAACAUUUAUGGCUAGUGGAAUUACUAAGUAUGGUCUAAUCCCAUCAGCGCAUUGGAAUUGCCCUACUUGGAUUAAUCAAACUGAAUACGAAAUAAAUUUAGCAAAGAUGGAGCAUGAUGGUGUUCUUUAUGGAGGUUCUAAAUCGUACAGGAACAUGUGCAGAUUUAACUCGGGCUUUUUUUUUAGACAAAGUAUAUUGGGUGAAUAUGAUUAUUAUUUUAGAGUUGAACCACAUGUGAAUUAUUUUUGUGAUUUUCCAUAUGAUCCUUUUAAAAUAAUGAGACAAAAACAUUUAAAAUAUGGAUUUGUUAUUGGAAUUUACGAAUACGAAAAUACCAUCGAAACCUUAUGGGAUGCAAUAGAGGAAUAUAUAGAAUUAGAUCAACAUUUAAGUCCUUCAGAACAACAUAUUGAUAUGUCAUCUAAUGCUUAUAAAUUUAUUACUGAUAAAACUAAAAUUGGAGCUUAUAAACCUAUUAUCGACUCUCAUAGUGAUUACAAUUUAUGCCACUUUUGGUCUAAUUUCGAAAUUGGUGAUCUAAAUUUUUUCAGAAGUGAUAAAUAUUUGAAAUUUUUUAAUCACUUAGACCAGAAAGGCGGAUUUUAUUAUGAAAGAUGGGGGGAUGCACCUAUUCACUCCAUUGCAGUGUCCUUACUUUUAAACAAAGACGAAAUAAUUCAUUUUGAUGAAAUUGCAUAUGCACAUGCUCCUUUUAAUACCUGUCCUAUAUCAGAUUCCGGUUUAUUGUAUCAAAGAUGCCGAUGUCAAAAUCCAAAUGAUAAUAUUGCUAUAACACCUCAUAGUUGUUUGAUGAGAUGGUGGAAAAACGGAAGUGGGAAAUAUUUUAUGAAAGAGGACAAUUAUAUGGAAGAAUAA